AUGAAUGAUUCCAUGAAAACAGACAAUAACUCCUGUAUCAUCGAAAUUGUCCUGUUGGGCUUCUCAGAUUUCCAGACUUGGCAGAAACUUCUGUUUUCCCUCAUUCUAAUAUUCUACCUCAUAGCCUUGAUGGGCAACAGCCUGGUUUUUCUUCUCACCAUUUCCAGUCCUACCCUUCACACCCCAAUGUACUUCUUCCUCUGCAACUUGUCCUUUGUGGAAAUCGGCUACACUUCCUCCAUCAGCCCAAAGAUGCUAGUGAACUUAUUAUCAGAAAGACAAACUAUAUCCUUUUGGGGCUGUGGAUGUCAAAUGUGUUUCUUCACUCUCUUUGGUGUCACCGAGUGUUGUCUUCUUUGUGUCAUGGCAUAUGACCGCUAUGUUGCCAUUUGCCAACCCUUGCAAUACCCAUCUAUCAUGAACCUCAGGGAAUGUGCUAAGCUUGCUGCUGCCUCAUGGACCAUUGGGAUGUCGGUGGGUCUGGGGCAAUCUAUUUCAAUCUUCACCCUUCCCUUCUGUGGGCCAAACAGAAUCAGCCACUUCUUCUGUGACCUUAUGCCUGUUCUGAGACUGGCUUCCACCAAUAUUUACAAAAAUGAAGUGGCCAUUGUCAUAAUAACAGUUCUAGUUAUUCUUGUACCCCUUUUGCUCAUCCUUUUUUCCUACAUCCUCAUCAUUUCCACUAUUUUCACAAUGCCACUGGCCAAGAACAGACACAAAGCAUUUUCCACUUGUUCCUCACAUCUCACCGUAGUCUGCAUUUUCUAUGGAACCGGCAUGGUUACCUACAUUAGUCCCCACUCAGAAUAUUCCAUGGACAGUAGCCGAUUCCUUGCCCUGUUCUACACAGUGGUGACCCCAAGUUUAAAUCCCAUCAUAUACAGCUUGAGGAAUAAAGAGAUGAAAGUGGGUUUCAAGAAAACUGUAGCAAGGAAACAGAUCCUCUUUAUGGGGUAA